GUAAUUACAUUGCAAAAAUACGUGAGACGCUGGCUUGCUGUACAAGAAUUGCAAAGGCUUCAGAAAUUUGCUUUGCUGCAAAUCUUAUGGGAAAAAGAACAAGAUAAACUGAGAAGACAACAAGAUUGUGAAUGGGAAAAAGACAUACAGAGACGCAGACUUAAUCCUAAAAAUGAAGAGGACUUCGUUUUACUUUUCAGUGACUUACAAAAGUGGUGGAAUUUUGAAGUGAAAGCAAUAUCGGAAGCAAGAUCAGGAGCUGAUUUAAAAGCUGCUAUGUGGAUGUUAGUGAAUGUAGAAGCAAAGCGAAUUGAGGAAAUCAAUCAAAUGAAAAGUGCCACUGGAAAAGAAAAGCAGUUAGAAAGUAGAAAUAAAUUCCUGACUGAGGCAUCAAGACCCAAAUUAUGGAAAGCUUAUAAAGAUCAGAUUAAAGUUGUGACAGCAAAUACUGAAAGAGGAAGUAAUCUGCAUGAUCUUUAUAUGACUUUAUCCUUGAAGUGUGUAUCUGCUAAAGAUCGCAUUGAUGUUUUAACAAGACUUAAAGACUCAAUCCAGCUUUAUAAGUGCGCUCUGACAGAUAACUUGACGAAGCUAGCUGACCGAGAAAUCGAUUUGCUUCUAAGAGGAAUAAAAAGUAUCCAUUUGGAAGGCUUAAGAUCCAGGAUUCGAAGUUUAUUUUGGCAGUAUGCAAAGCAGCCUUCAUUUAAUCCAGAAAUGCAAAGGCUUUCGAAA